GGAGGCGCGCGGUGCUCAUUGCGGGAAGGUAGCUGCAUCCCGCUCCCCGUAUCCUGAACGGUGUGGUUUUCUUUUCUGCUGUCGUUUCCAACGUGUAAAAUUAGCGAGAGCCAUUUGGAAUGAGAAUAUAUGACUAAAAAAGAAUGCAGUCUUUUAAUCCUCAUUUGGGUAAAAAGUUCUCUAGUGCUGUGGGAAUCCAGUUGGGAAGAGCAUGGGCUGCUCUGAUCGAGUCUUGCAGGCUCCAUUAGUCUCUUAGUUCAUUAGGUGUGCAGGGGUAAAAUUAGACGUGUUUAGAGAAGAAAAAGCAGGAUUAUGACUCUUACUGUGUAUGUAUUGUAGGGUGUUGGUUGCAACCAUCAGUUCAAGGAAGAAAAGUUCCCUAGGGAUGCUUGGAGAAAAAAAAAGGGGGGGGGGAGGGAGGAUUUGAAGCAAAAUUCUCUAGGGAUGAAUGCUAAUGUGAUAGCUAAGAUCAUGUCACUGGUAAUUUCACAAAUAAUUCUGUUUUAAUCCUGUUGUUUCACCUUAACUCUCAGUUCAUUCAAAAUGGAAGCCUCUUGAAGUGGGUACCCAGGCUAAGCUAGUAAGCUGCGUGUGAAGUGGAAGGCUUUAGAAAUAAGCCAGCUUUCGGUCUGUUGUUCUAAUAUGGGAGUAAAUGACUUGAACUAUCAGCUAUGGAUGGCUGGGUUUUGCUUGUCCCACAGAGAGUGCUCAGGGAACGAGUGUUCUGAGUGAAGUGUGUUCUGAAACCAUGCCAUUCCCGUGGAGGACUGGUGGAAGGGAAGUAGCACAACAGUAUCUGUCCCUUCUCUAUUUUUAAUUUGUUGUGGGAGACAGUAUGUACUGCAUUCCCACACAGUGUGCAGGAGGCUUGCACAAGGACACUCAGUCUAUACCUCAGGUUGGUCAGAAAGGUGAGCAGUAUUUCUUGUUGUCAGAGCAUCUGCUGUGAUACUGCUAUAUAGCUGUAGUACUGUGACUGAGUACCUGUUGGCACCUAAGAUAGUAUCUGAUUUUUGCCAUACAUUCUUUAACCUGGCAAAUACUUUACUUUGCAUUUUAUGGUUAGGCAUAGCAUGAUGUUCAGAGAGAUUAUGAGCACUGGCCAGAAUCUACAGAUUUAUUAAAAACACUAACCUGAAGUUCUUCCAACUACUUCUGUAAACACUAAUGUGAUGGUCUGUUAUUAAAUGCUUCAAAUGCUUGCUGUUAUUACCAUGUUAUUACCAGAAUUUAGCAUGUUUGAACUAUUACUUUUUUAAUAGAAUGUAAUAUGAAGGGCACUUCUAUUUUGUAGGGACACAUUUUGAAGUUGGUCCAAUAGUUCCAGUAUUGUUAGAUUAAAAUGUUGAGCAGGAGAUAGUUGGUUAACCAGAGACAAAUAAUGAGGGAAUGUUUUUUGUACUUCCUGUUUUUUAAAAGGCAGUUCAUUUUUGUGAACAAUCCAUCACAUCAGUUAAACACCCCAUUUAUCUGUGCAGGAAAACAAAGACCAGUAGCUUCUAAAUGUUAUUGAUUCCAACACAAUCUUCUUAAAAACCUCAUAGUUAAAGCACUGCAUGUAAAUUUUAAUUUGUGGGCACUUAUUUUAAGCCUUAAUACCUUAAUGACAACCCCCAGACUACAAAGUAAAUUAACUGUUUAAGGACACUUAGAAUGUUUGAUUCUAGCAAUUUCCAUGUUGAGAUAAUGAAACAAGCAGAAACACAGUGAAGCAGUAAUUAUGGGCAAAUUCAGCAGAUUAAGGUUCCCAGGUGCUCUGUUAAGCUGAAAGCUGUGCUUUCCACUGAGCAAAGUAGUGGAUUAGUGAUAGGUACCAUCAAGUACUCCACGCUGUGGCACACCUGAAGGUGUUUGGCUUGACAAGGAAACAGGUUUCUGUGUCCUGAAAUCUUCAAGAUGACUUUGCUUUCCAGCUGAAAGCAGUGGAAACGCAGGAAAAAAGCAGGAAGCUGAAUGUUUUAUGUGGGGAAUGAACUUGGAGUUCCUCUCAUUAAAGCUAAUAACUUGUCAGAAGAAGAAAAAAAAAAAUUGAGUCUGUAUACCUAGAAAAUCAAUGGAAACAAAUUGUGAAUCACGUGAGCUACCAGUGUUUGGUCCCUGGUUGUGGGAGGUUGCUUCUUAAAAGAAGAAACACAGCAAGCAUUUCAUGUAGCUCUCUUAGGAGGAUAGUGGAGGUGGGAAUUGAAUGCUUUUUGUAUAACAUAACUGCUUUAUCAUGUAUUAAUAAUACACAUUACUGGAUUUCCACCAUAGUUUUUUAGUUCUGAGAUUCUGUCUAUAGUAUGAGAAGUGACAGUCUUCCAAAGUUUGUCUACGCAUCAACAUUUUUUAAGAAGUAUUUGGUAACAGACUUCUUUUUCAUAGAAAAGUUUCUGAACCAUACCUGUUUGAACUGGAGGCUGAGGCUAAUGUUAUGUGACCAUUCAAUCACCUUUCUGUUAGCUAUUUCUCUAACAAAUGGCUUCUUGGCAAAAUAAAGAGGAAGAUAGUCCCUGUGCAAUUUUCAUUUGUUGCAAUGCUAGGAAAGAUAUUAAUUACGCUUAGUGAUGAAGCCAAAGUGAUGUUCUAUGGUAGCUAGUAGGUCAAGACGAGUCUUCAGGUUUUUUGCAAUGAGGAGGUUUCACAGUGUUGAUAAUAACAGGCAAAUUCUCUUUCCUUCUUUUUAAGCUGCAAUGUGCAAGGGGUUUUUGCUCUCUGCUUGGCUGCAGAUAUUAGGUUUUCAGUUUCUACAUGAUGGUAUGCAUUUAAUUCAAUUUUAUGAAGCCAGAAAGAACUGUCCUAGCAAGCCUAGUUCAUCCUCACAUGACAAUGUGAACAAUCAGAACUAAAAUCAUAAAGAAAUUCCACCUUAGAACAUAAACAUUCAUCUUUCUUUAAGACUAUGUAAUGUUUUCUUCAGCUAAUAUUUAUGUGGGGAAGAGCCUUUGAUUAUUUUGUUUUUAUAGCUACAAAUUUAAAGGAACAGUGAUUCUGGAAAUUUAGCUUUCACAAAAUAAUUUACGUUCAUAGCUUGCCUACCAGCAUGUGUAGUGGAAACACAGUCAGUCACAUCCCGCUUCCAGAUCACAUCAUCUGUUUUGCCUAAGUUCUGAAAGCUAAGCAUGAUGCAUUGAGCAGAUUACUGAGAAGUAACCUUGACAGAAACGUUUGUAUAAGGGUAGAAAAAUGUAAAGAUAGAUAAAGGCAUGUCCAUCAAAUGUUGUCUCUUUACAUGCACUACUCAAAGGAUGAAUGCUAAACUUGAACGUAUUUGUGUUUGUCCUUCAUAAAACUUCGAACAUCAGCUGGCAAAGCUGCGGCACUGUUUUAUUCUUGAAAACAAAAGGAACUAUCUUUAUGCUUUCUACCUAAGCAGAAGAUUAAUACAAAAAUUACACAUAAUUCCAUCAGCCCUAUCUUUUAGAUAUGAGAAUUUACAUGUGCAGGCUCUAUUUGCUUGCUUGGGAACCUAGUCCUUCUCCAGUAACAAGCAUAAAAAACCAUUCUGACUGUCACAACCUGCUGCUGCCAAGGCCAAAUGUGCAGGCCUACUGUUGGAUGAUAGUCCUUUUUGCAUACAUUUUUCUAUGUGUGAAGUGAGCCACUAGUGACUUUCAAGUAAAUCUUAGUUAUUGAAGCCAUAUAUGCUAGAAAAAAAAAAAAGAAUAUUCUGGGAGUGGUUUUCAGCUCUGGACCAUUUCCUUUGUGAUGCCGCUUACUCAGAUGUAUUCCUGACAUCUCUUUUGAGAACUAGAAGUGUUAUCACAAGAUAGCUAUUCAGUAGCUUUUGAGAAAUCAGUGUUUAGCUUUAGUAAAAUAAGUAGGGCUUAAAUAUCCAUAUUAUAUUUCAAGAAUGAUCACUUCUGGCAUACCUGUGCAUAGUGUGUGGAGAAAAAAAAAAGAAUUCCUAUGUAUGUAGAAGCUGCUUUUUCUCAUUCCUAUAGCUCAGGGUAAUACAUUUUUUGAGUAGCUUGCUAUAGCUAUCUGCUCUUCGUAAAAUCUCUCCCCCAAACUGAGUAAAAUUCAAUCUGUGGAGAGUUGAACAAAAUAAAUCUGGGUAAUUGUCUCUCAGAUGUAUUUGAUGUGUGGGAGAAAAACAAAUUUCCUCCUCUACACUGAUAGAAAAAAGAAAUAUCAUAGUAACAUAGCAACAUUCUCAUAGAGAUUUUAUGGGUGCAAGAUGGAUUUCAUUGUUUGAAAGGCUUGUCUGCAUUCUUUUUCAGAAGUUUUGUCAUCUACUAUUUGGUCACUUCUAUUAGUUUAAGGAGUGCAUAAUUUGACCCUAAUAUUCUACUGUUCUCAAACUAUAAUGAAUCACUCCAUGGUCAUUGUGUUGAUGCUUCUUGGGACAAUGACGUAUUUGUGAUAAAACCAUCGAAGUCACAAUGAUUUCUUUAAAAAAAAAUUGCAUGUUUGUCUUGUGUAACUGUGUACCUUUGUUGUAUUAGAAGUGAGCUUGCCUCAACCUCUGUAUUUUGAGAGACAAUUCUCAUCUUCUGUGAAAGAUAGGAAAUUCCAUAGUGCUACUUUAUUUACAGCUUAUUGAGAUGAUAUCGUUGAUCUUGUGGGGAAGUUUUUGGCACAUUCUGUUUGCAGGGUUUAUUUGAAACUUGACUUCACUUAUUUGAACCAUGCCAAAGAACAGAAAAUUCAUGUAUCAGAAGUAAGGGACAGAUUAAUUCCUCAUCUGUCUAUGGGUUAUUUCUCAUUUGAAAUCUAUUUCCCUUAGGCUACAGUAAAAACUCUAAUUAUUUCUAAAUGAAAAUAUCAGAGAUCUUUACUAAAUAUCAGGAAUUCCAUUAUUAUUCAUCUUUAUUCAUAAAACACAUGAGCUUGUAUAAUUUCUUUUUAGAAAUCAUAGGUUUUGUUGAUGUCUUGCUGAUCCUAGAAAAUUAGGAGGGGUACACAGGUGAAAUCAUGAAGAACAGAGUUUUGUGCUGAGGCAUAAAUUCAGUAUCAGGGUAUUCAGUAUCUGAAAUAACAGCUACAAGUUUCAUUCUGUGACAAGCCAAGACAACAACAUUCAUCAGUACUAACCAUUGCUAUCAUAAUAAAUAAGAAUACUGCUGUUUCCUGCUGAUCAUACAGGAUAUCAUGACCAUGGUCACCAUGGUCUAGCUGAAUAGGGAUCAUCCAGCAGUCGAUAACAGAAUUUAGGUGGCAAUACUGUUCAGGUCCCGAGCUAUUAACCUUCCAAUGAGCUUAGACCUGCCCUUUUCUACUUAUGAGUCAACUGAAUAGUCUUUGUGAUCAGAUCCACAACUUCUUUAGUGCACAGGAGGAACAGGGUGCUUUUCAAGUGUAAUACUUACCUUCCUUUUUGUCUUUUGUGUUUCGUAUCAGGCAUUAUUUCUUGUUUGAUGCAGAUACUCUGUAUGCUGUGCUGAAUAUAGAUUGUUGUUCACCUCACUGACAGGAAUAAAUGCGGCUAUUAAGAAAGAAAAAAGCAGCAUAUGAAAAAGGCUGCUAGAUCAUUUAUAUGUAAACAUAGGUUGCAUAAAUUUGCAAAGGAUGCCCUGAUGACUGGAUGUUCAGUGUAACAAUAACUGGGCUCCAUUUUUUCCUUCUUUUCAGGUUUAGAGCAUCUUCUGAGCACCUAGAGCUCAAUCCUAAUUGAAGUAGAUACUGAAGAUUGAAGUAGGAACCCUUAAAGUAAUGCUACGUUCUCAGUAAUGUCAGAGAAACUUCAUGUAAAUGGGUUUGCUCAUAUGUGUGUGUGUGUAUAUAUAUAUAUAUAUAUACACACACAUAUGUAUAAACUACGUGUAUGAAAGUGAGAGUACUCAGUCUGCUGUAUUAAUCACAAAGCUGUUCCAGCAGCAUUAUUUGUUACAUACUUGUUAAUUCCUACAAAAAAUAAUGUUGGCACCCUGUAAAUCUACUUUCUUCCUUUCAACAAUGGUAGUCUCUUACAUUAUUGAUGCUUUCUAGAAGGAAAAUGUGAACUAUUUUAUAUAGCAGCUUGUGCACAGUUUGUUACCAUAAAAAAGUUACGUCAUGUAACAGUCUCCCAUAUUUUCUUUUACAAUUGAGAUCACUUAAAUAUAUAUAUAUAUAUAUUUGGUGUCCUUAAAGUAGGCCUAUUUUACUUCAGUUGGUAAACUGACUUAAGUGUCGUACAGCUGCAGGCAACCAACUUACACCACUUAGUAUCUAAAUCACAGUUUUAUUUAAGUUGGAGCAGAUCUUUGGGAGUUAAUUCAACCUCCUGCUCUAAACAGGGUCAACUUCAAUGUUGGGUGACAUCGCUCAGGGCCUCGUCCAGAUGAGAUAAGAUGAUCUCUGAGGAUGGAGAAUCCACAGCCUAUUGCAAUCUGUAGCCAGUCUGUUCCAGUGCUGAGUCAAACAUGAUAGUAUGGAGUUAAAUAAUUAAAUUAACUGUGUAAAAAGGCAUCAUCUUGACUUGACAAUUUUUAAUCUAAUAAUUUGCAUCAGCCACCUGAAAUAUUCUUCUUACCCCCACAAAAUGUUAAAAUGUUAACUCAAUCAUCAUAUAAUCCAUCCUAGUUGUAAAGAAAUAAAUUGAAAAUGGGUAGAAAAAUAUCACUGCAUGCAAGCAAGGUGUUGCUUCCUAUCAUUUUAGAUCAUAUUGCAAGAUGGAGUCAGGGAUGACUGUCACAUAAGAAGAAUUUAAAAUAAAUUGCAUUAUAUAGUUUAGCCAACAGUUGAAAUCAGUUUUUGAGAGUUCAGAAUCAGAUUUUCAUUAGAAGUUUAUUGAUAGAAAAUGCAUUGGGAUUUAGUCACCCUCUCUUUAUACACUUCAUUUAAGCCUGUUUAGGUUGUCAAAUGUUAUAUCAAAUGUUGAUGCUUGAUGCUUCUUCAAAUCACCCAGAUGAAUUACUUCAGUACUCAUAUAAUUGUGCAUAACAUGCAAGCUGGAAAAAGCUGCUUAAAUCUAAUAGCGUGUGUGGUGAGUAGAUACGUGUUGUAUAAACAGUGUGUCAAUGCUGAAAAAACCUGAGUGCUCUACUGAGCAGCUUCAAAAUGCGUUCUGAUGUCAGAUUGUUGGCAGUCUGAAACAUAGUGCUUUCUUCAUCAUUCAUAGAGAAAAAAGGAAGUUCUGAUGAACUGUUCCCAUGUGCUAAUAUGAAUUUUAGGACAAUUUUUAAAAAUUUGUGAUAGACAUUUUAAGAAGGAAUACAGAUUUUGGUGCCUAACUUCUGAGGCUAACAUUAAACAUCAUUUUACUAAAAACAACUUAAAAUCUGUAACUAAAUGUAAAAGUUAUUUUGCAUUUAUUUGAAAACAAAAAGACAAACACAACAACAACAACAAAAACCACUACAAGUUGUGAUGGAUGAAAUUUGUGCCAUUUACAUCACUGUAGAAACCUUUCUCUCCUAGUCUUGGUGGAGAGAAGAGUUAAUAUUUGGAUUAAGAGAGAUGCCCUAGAACAAGAUCUUGUGCUACUAAUGUCAAGGCUAAGGAAGCCAGUAUGUAGUUUUCAACAAUCAUGCUUCCUCUGCAGUUUCAGAUGAUAUUGUUUACUGAUUGUUACUGUAUUUGCAUCACUUCCUUUCAUAAACCUGUUUAUUUCUGCUAUAAAAUGUCCAGAUUAAGUCAUUGCUUUCUAUUCUAAUGAUGGAUUAAUUUAAUUACAAUGUUUGUAUCUUGUCUAUCCCUUUACCUUCCCUAUGUUAGGAAACUAUUAUGUGAGGACAUUUCUAAAUCAAAGCUCUGUGAAUAAAUCCAUAAUGAAGCCCUGAUUGAUAUCUAUAUUGUGAUAAUUACAUGUUCAUUGUCUUCUCAAUGGGAUGCUUAUUUCUUCCAGUGCCCAGAAUGAAUGUUUACUACAUGAACACAAUUUCUGUGAUUAUCAAAGUGUAAUUUAUCAUUGGAGAAGCAAGAAAAAAUAAUGCCUGUUUUACUUACUUUCAUACAUUUUUAGUUGUUCUCUUUUCAUUCCAACCCUUGUAUCUGUUGUAUCAAUCAAAUCAAGCAGUACCAAAAGAAAGCAUAUAGAUUUAUAGUUACCAAGUUUAUAGAACCUGCUUAUAAAACAGUAACGAUGUUGGAUACUGCUUCAACAUAAGAUAUUUUAAAGGUUUUAAAGAGCUCAUCAGAACAUGCCAGCUAAAACAUUUUGAAUUUUUUCAAGAUACAACAUAAUGCAUUCAUGACUUGCUGCUCUUUAAUUUAUUGUUUUCCAGCACCUUGCCCUAACAUCUCCAUAUGUGAUUAUUUCUUGUAUUUACUUCCAGCUUGUAUUUCCUAGAAUUUUCUGUGUUGUGGAGAGAGGAGAAGAAAUCAGUAACUGUUUUUCAGCACCAUUUUCUUAUUCUUAAUCGGUUGCUUUGCUUCUUGAUGAUGUAAUAGACCUACUGAUCAUUUUCAAGGCUUCCUGCUUAUAUUUUUUAAAAAAUAAUUUUACAUCUCUUGUUAAAGGACUAAUAGCUUAGUUCUUUAAAACUCCAGUUGAGUUUUAAAGAUAAGAUACAACUUGCAUCUAAUGUAUUGGCUGAUGUGGUAUAUAGUCUCAUCAUUUUUUUUCCAUUUUCUGAAGGAGAGUUAGCUAAAUGUUUCAAACUUUGCCACACUGUUUUUUUUCUUUUUUCUUUUCUUCCCCCCCCCCCCCCUUUCUUACUUUUAUCCAGUAGUAAACAAGCUUUUGUGAUCCUUAGUUUAUGCCUCAGCGCUAUUAAAUGGUAGCAGGUAAUUCUCCUGACAGUCCUUAAGCACUUUCUCUCUUAAAUAGGUUACUUAGUUUUGAUAAAUCUUAUUUUCAGACAUUGUGUUCCCAUAACAGACUGAGACCAUUCUAUCCCCAAGGAUGUUGAAAUUAAUGUUGUCACUGUUGCUCGUCUGUCUCAUAUUUUAUAAUUACUACUUGAACCAGCUACUCUGUAUUACUUAGGGCUUAACAGAGAAUAAUCCCUCAUCUUGUACUCUGGAAUUAGCUGUUCCAAGAGCAUUUGUUUAAGAAAUUACUUCUUUAAGCCUUGUUCCAUUUAGUGGAACAAGAUGCAUUCGGUAAAUAUAUUUACAAUAUACUAGGAAGUGCAUCUUAUAAUUAUGUGUUUUGAGACAUUAAAAUGUCAGUUAUUUGAUUUUAUUUAGAGAAGUAAUGCACUUGUGACACUGUAUACUAACAAAAUUUAAUUUGCAGUGAUUUAUCUGACAUCAUAGGAAAGAUAUAAAACCUGUCAUAGGCAGCUGAGGCAAAACAAUUUGUUUCCCUUAUAAAAAAACCCUUUUGGGAGCGCAUCAAAUGUCUUAUUUACCUAAAAGCUUGCUCAUAUCCCAGCCUAUCGCCUCUGAACAACUGUGUUCCUUCUGUACGACCAGGCCGCGUAGGAACCCACACAUCGAGCUCAGCACCACAGACAGCUCCGCUCCGGGCCCCGAGCGCGCUGCGCGUGACUGGAGGUGACACACUGCCAAGAGGUGACACGCGGCCAGCGGUCACGGGCUUCUAAGGGACAGGUCACGCCGAGACCGUAUAGCUGCAAAGAAAAAGAAUGGAGAGAGAUUAGUGUCAGAGGCCUGCUGGACAUGUGUGAUGUAUAGAAGAGCACAGUGCUGAUAGAGGAUACUCGUUCCUGAGGCUGCUUGGUACCUGUUGUGCUGGGGGAAGGUGGCUGGCUGGUAGAUGCCGGAGGAGCUGUGUGUGUCAGAGCCUUGCUUUACAUCCCGAGCGUGUGUUGGUGGCAACAGGUCAAGUUGGAAAGGAACCAUAUAUCUGCGUAUGGGACUCGUACACUGUACAAACUGUAUCUGUUCUGAAGGAUGUUCACACACAUGGUAUAGCUUGCUUGGCUUUUGAUUUAGAUGGUCAGCGGUUGGUCUCAGUUGGUUUGGAUUCAAAAAACACAGUUUGUGUAUGGGACUGGAGAAAAGGAAAAUUGUUGUCAAUGGCUCCUGGUCAUACAGACAGAAUAUUUGAUAUUUCUUGGGAUUUGUACCAGCCAAACAAACUCGUCAGCUGUGGUGUAAAACACAUCAAGUUCUGGAGCUUGUGUGGCAAUUCAUUGACACCAAAACGUGGUGUUUUUGGCAAAACUGGUGAUCUUCAAACUAUAUUGUGCCUAGCUUGUGCAAGAGAUGAAGUGACGUACUCUGGUGCGCUGAAUGGUGAUAUUUAUGUAUGGAAAGGAAUCAACCUUGUAAGAACAAUACAGGGAGCACAUGCUGCAGGAAUUUUCAGCAUGAAUGCGUGCGAAGAGGGGUUUGCUACUGGUGGCAGAGAUGGCUGUGUUCGUUUGUGGGAUUUAAAUUUUAAACCAAUUACUGUGAUUGAUCUCAGGGAAACGGACCAAGGAUAUAAAGGUCUGUCUGUAAGAAGUGUUUGCUGGAGAGGAGACCAUAUACUUGUUGGGACACAAGACAGUGAGAUUUUUGAAAUUGUGGUACAUGAGCGUAAUAAGCCUUUCCUGAUAAUGCAGGGGCACUGUGAAGGAGAGCUGUGGGCUUUGGCUGUCCAUCCUACAAAACCAUUAGCAAUGACUGGAAGUGAUGACCGAUCAGUCAGAAUUUGGAGUUUAAUAGACCAUGCUCUGAUUGCCCGGUGCAAUAUGGAGGAGCCCAUUCGCUGUGCAGCAGUUAGUACUGAUGGAAUCCAUCUUGCUCUUGGAAUGAAGGAUGGCUCUUUCACUGUUCUUAGGGUCAGAGAUAUGACUGAGGUUGUUCAUAUCAAAGACAGGAAAGAAGCUAUUCAUGAGCUGAAAUAUUCACCAGAUGGGAACUUCCUAGCUGUUGGUUCCAAUGACAGCUCUGUGGAUAUAUAUGGUGUAGUCCAGAGAUACAAGAAAGUUGGGGAAUGUAUUGGAUCUUUAAGUUUCAUCACCCAUAUGGAUUGGUCUUCAGAUAGUAAAUAUAUACAGACUAAUGAUGGCAAUGGGAAGAGACUUUUUUACAGGAUGCCAAGUGGAAAGGAAGUAACGAACAAGGAGGAAUUAAAAGGGGUUCAAUGGGCAUCAUGGACUUGUGUUUCUGGUGUUGAAGUUAAUGGAAUCUGGCCUAAAUAUUCAGAUAUAAAUGAUAUAAAUUCUGUGGAUGCAAAUUUUAUUGGGCAAGUUAUGGUUACAGCUGAUGAUUAUGGAAUUGUAAAGCUCUUUCGAUACCCGUGUCUAAGAAAAGGAGCAAAGUUUAAAAAGUAUCUUGGUCAUUCUGCUCAUGUGACAAAUGUCAGAUGGUCACACGAUCACCAGUGGGUUGUUUCCAUUGGAGGAGCAGAUCAUUCUGUCUUUCAGUGGAAAUUUGUCCCUGAUCGGAAGUUGAAGGAUUCUCUUCAUAUAGCACCCCAAGAGAGUCUGGUUGAUUCUAAUAGUGAUGAAUCAGAUUCAGAUCAGUCUGAUGUUCCAGAGCUGGACUCUGAAAUUGAACAAGAGACACAGAUCACAUAUCGUAGACAGGUUUACAAAGAAGAUCUACCUCAACUUAAAGAGCAAUGCAAAGAAAAAAGAAAAAGUGCAGCUUCUAAGAGACGAGAGAGAGCUCCAGGGAACAGUAUAAGAUUGCAUUUUGUUCAUGGUUACAGAGGUUACGACUGUCGAAGCAAUUUAUUUUACACUCAGACGGGUGAAAUUGUAUACCAUGUUGCAGCAGUGGGAGUGGUGUACAAUCGACAGCAGAACACACAGCGCUUUUAUCUAGGUCAUGAUGAUGACAUUCUUUGCCUUGCUAUUCAUCCCUUAAAGGACUAUGUGGCAACAGGCCAGGUUGGUCGAGAUUCCUCUAUACACAUUUGGGAUACUGAAACAAUAAAACCACUCUCAGUACUAAAGGGCUAUCACCAGUAUGGCGUUUGUGCUGUUGAUUUUUCAGCGGAUGGGAAAAGAUUGGCUUCUGUUGGAAUAGAUGACAAUCAUACUAUUGUACUCUGGGACUGGAAGAAAGGAGAAAAGCUUUCAGCAGUAAGGGGAAGCAAAGAUAAGAUUUUUGUUGUUAAGAUUAAUCCUUAUAUGCCUGAAAAAUUGAUUACAGUUGGAAUUAAACACUUGAAAUUCUGGCGUAGAGCAGGGGGAGGACUAAUUGGGAGAAAGGGCUGCAUAGGUGCAAUGGGAAGAGCCGAUACAAUGAUGUGUGCAGUAUAUGGCUGGACUGAAGAGAUGGCAUUCUCUGGAACUUCCACAGGGGAUGUUUGUAUCUGGAGAGAUGUGUUUCUCAUAAAAACUGUCAAAGCACAUGAUGGUCCUGUGUUCAGCAUGCAUGCACUAGAAAAAGGAUUUGUCACUGGAGGAAAGGAUGGGGUUGUAGCUCUCUGGGAUGAUACUUUUGAACGCUGUCUCAAAACCUAUGCCAUCAAAAGGGCUGCUUUGGCCCCUGGGUCUAAAGGACUCCUCUUAGAAGAUAAUCCUUCUAUACGUGCCAUUUCUUUAGGACAUGGUCAUAUUUUAGUGGGCACAAAGAAUGGUGAAAUACUGGAGGUAGAUAAAAGUGGACCAAUAACUCUUUUGGUUCAGGGUCACAUGGAGGGGGAAGUUUGGGGUCUAGCUACUCAUCCUCAUUUACCCAUUUGUGCCACUGUAAGUGAUGACAAAACCUUAAGAAUAUGGGAUUUAUCUCCUAGCCAUUGUAUGUUAGCUGUUCGCAAAUUGAAGAAGGGAGGCAGAUGUUGCUGUUUUUCUCCUGAUGGGAAAGCAUUAGCUGUUGGUCUAAAUGACGGAAGUUUUUUGAUAGUUAAUGCAGAUACCCUGGAGGAUCUAGUCUCCUUCCAGCACAGGAAAGAUGUUAUUUCAGAGAUCCGAUUUUCUCCAGGAGCUGGAAAGUACUUAGCUGUGGCAUCUUGUGACAAUUUUGUUGAUAUUUACAAUGUAAUGAGCAGUAAACGAGUAGGAAUCUGCAAGGGGGCCUCCAGUUAUAUAACGCACUUGGACUGGGACAUAAGAGGGAAGCUCUUGCAAGUCAACACUGGUGCUAAAGAGCAGUUGUUUUUUGAAGCUCCUCGUGGGAAAAAACAGACAAUUCCUACUUUGGAGGUAGAAAAGAUUGGCUGGGCAUCAUGGACAAGUGUUUUGGGCUCUUGCUGUGAAGGAAUCUGGCCAAUAAUUGGUGAAGUCACAGAUGUAACUGCUUCAUGCCUCACUAGUGAUAGUAAAGUAUUAGCCACAGGAGAUGAUUUUGGAUUUGUGAAACUGUUUCGUUAUCCUGCUAAAGGAAAAUUUGGGAAAUUUAAGAGGUAUGUUGCUCACAGUACCCACGUAACAAAUGUCCGUUGGACCUAUGAUGACAGUUUGUUGGUCACUGUUGGAGGAGCAGACACAUCUUUAAUGCUGUGGACUUAUGAGAUGGAAGGACAUCGGGAUAGCCGGCAGUGUGACAGUGAGGAAUCUGACCUAGAUUCUGAAGAAGAUGGAGGUUAUGACAGUGAUGUGACAAGGGAAAAUGAAAUUAAUUACACCAUCAAAGCCUUAUCAACAAACAUUAGACCAAUGUUUGGAAUUAAGCCUCAUCUACAGCAAAAGGAGCCAACCUUAGAUGAAAGGCAGGGGGUAGUGAGAGGUUCCAGACCACCAGUUAGUAGGGCGUUGCCACAGCCUGAGAAACUUCAAACAAAUAAUGUUGGGAAAAAAAAGAGACCUAUAGAGGACCUAAUUUUGGAGCUGGUGUUUGGGUACCGAGGCAAGGAUUGCCGGAACAAUGUGCAUUAUUUGAAUGAUGGUGCUGAUGUUAUCUAUCAUACUGCAUCUAUUGGGAUCUUGUAUAAUGUGGCAACAGGUUCUCAGUCUUUUUACCAAGAACAUAAUGAUGAUAUUUUGUGCCUCACUGUAAAUCAGCACCCCAAGUUUACCAACAUAGUGGCAACUGGCCAAGUAGGAGACUCAGCAGAUAUGUCAGCUACAGCUCCUUCUAUUCAUGUGUGGGAUGCAAUGAACAAACAGACAUUAUCAGUACUGCGGUGCUACCACUCAAAGGGAGUUUGCUCAGUCAGUUUCAGUGCCACUGGCAAACUGCUGCUCUCUGUAGGGCUUGAUCCUGAACAUACCAUUACCAUUUGGAAGUGGCAGGAAGGUGCCAAAAUUGCCAGCCGAGCUGGUCAUAACCAGCGUAUAUUUGUAGCAGAAUUCAGACCAGACUCAGAUACCCAGUUUGUUUCUGUGGGAGUGAAACACGUGAGGUUCUGGACACUGGCUGGAAGAGCGCUUCUCAGUAAAAAAGGGCUACUGAGUUCCAUAGAAGAUGCCCGAAUGCAGACAAUGCUGUCUGUAGCUUUUGGAGCUAAUAACUUGACAUUUACAGGUACUAUCAGUGGAGAUGUUUGUGUUUGGAAAGAUCAUGUGUUGAUACGAAUUGUGGCCAAAGCUCACAAUGGACCAGUUUUCACAAUGUACACCACGUUGAGAGAUGGUUUGAUUGUUACAGGAGGCAAGGAAAGGCCAUCAAAGGAAGGAGGAGCUGUUAAACUAUGGGAUCAAGAAUUGAAACGAUGUCGUGCCUUCAGACUGGAGACAGGACAAAUAACUGACUGUGUUCGCUCUGUUUGUAGGGGCAAGGGAAAAAUUCUUGUUGGCACAAGAAAUGCUGAAAUAAUUGAAGUUGGAGAAAAAAAUGCUGCAUGUAACAUUUUAAUUAAUGGUCAUAUGGAUGGACCAAUCUGGGGCCUAGCAACACAUCCUUCCAGAGAUUUUUUCCUUUCUGCUGCAGAAGAUGGCACAGUACGACUCUGGGAUAUUGCUGAAAAGAAGAUGCUGAACAAAGUCAGCUUAGGGCACGCAGCUCGUACUGUCUGUUACAGCCCAGAAGGUGAUAUGGUAGCUAUUGGCAUGAAAAAUGGAGAAUUUAUUAUCUUGCUUGUGACCUCUCUGAAAAUUUGGGGAAAAAAAAGAGAUAGAAGAUCAGCUAUCCAAGAUAUCAGGUUUAGCCCAGAUUCUCGUUAUUUAGCAGUUGGUUCCAGUGAGAAUGCAGUGGAUUUUUAUGAUCUGACAUUGGGCCCCACGCUAAAUCGAGUCAGCUAUUGCAAGGAUAUCCCAAGUUUUGUGAUCCAGAUGGACUUCUCUGCAGAUAGCUGUUAUCUCCAGGUAUCUACUGGGUCUUACAAAAGGCAAGUCUAUGAAGUGCCUUCAGGAAAACAGCUUGUGGACCAGGCUGUGAUUGACAGAAUAACUUGGGCUACUUGGACAAGUGUUCUAGGUGAUGAAGUAAUUGGAAUCUGGUCCAGACAUGCUGAAAAAGCUGAUGUAAACUGUGCCUGUGUCUCUCACUCGGGAAUCAACCUUGUAACAGGCGAUGAUUUUGGCAUGGUCAAACUGUUUGACUUUCCGUGUCCUGAAAAAUUCGCAAAACACAAACGAUUUUUAGGUCACUCUGCCCACUUAACCAACAUUCGAUUUACAAGUGGAGACAGAUACGUGGUUAGUGCUGGAGGGGACGACUGCAGCUUAUUUAUUUGGAAAUGUGUACAUAUGCCUCAUUGAGGGAGACAUGGAGACUUGCAAAGAGGACACUGCGUGAAGUACCAGGCAUGAAAUACCCAGGAUUGCAAUGUGAUAUUCUACUGUGGCCUGCAUGCUUCAGAAACGGUGCUGAUCCAAGACACAGAGAAGUCUGUCUCUGAAAGACAAGUAUCUAGAGUCCGUCAGAAGGAUAGACUGUAAGAAAUUUGCUGAGGCCAUUAGAUUUACUUCUGUAAUCCGGGUUUGUAUUUCACUCACUGCCAGAUGUUGAAAAUGAAAAACAUGGAUAAAAGAAAAAAGGGAAUUGUUAGUCGAUGUACAGUAUCACAGUAAGAUCCUGGGUUUUUAAUCAAGAGAUGUUAUUUCUGAUCUAGUACUGUACAUUGAUCUAUUCUGAGCAUGAAUGUUUCUGCUUUAAGUUUUGGGGUCUGAAUAUCCUUGAAAAAAGAGUAUUCCAUAUUUUAUUACUGAAAGAAACCAUAUAUUAAAUCUUAAAUAUAUAGUAUUUUAAUAGAUGUUUAAUUAUUAUAAUGGCAAAUUAUAUUUCUAUGACCGAUCAAAAGGAAACAUCAUUUGAUGAAGCAGAAAAUAAGACAGCCGAUUCCUUAGGGCUUAAAUAUUUCUGUAUUUAGAGGCCUGGGUCACAAUCAUGUCUGGUGAAAGCUGCUGGAUAUGCAUGAUCUUCGUGGCUAAUUUAGUGUUUUUGUUGCACUUAAACAUUAAAUUAGUUCUGUGAGCAAAGUCAGAUUUGCUCACAUUGUGAGUGCCUUGCCCACAACCUAAAAGUCUAACUCCAAUUUUUGCCUUGUGAAUAAAAGUUAUUCUCAGUGGAAGAGAGGUAAUUGCUGUGCUGCUUGACUGGGCUGCUAGCCUCUAUGCUGGAAAUGUGGACUACAGUGAGAAUUUUGUAACCUUCGUAACUGAUAAGGCUUGGGAUAUCACCAGUUGCAAAAAUAGAAUUUCGUAGCAAUAUGACUUAUUUUCUCAGCAUCGUAGUGAAAUUCAGAGAGAAUAUGAAAUUUGCAAACUCUAUAUUUUGUGCAUUUUAACUUUUUAACAGAGUUGGGACUAGCUGGGAUAAGCGUCUACUCAGAUUUCUCUCCUGAUUGUAAAAUACAUCCAGUCAUAUGCUUCUUUAAAUGGACCUGCUGUCACCUCUCGCAGAAGUGCUUUUAUUCUAUCCUUCAACACAGCUGAGGUGGAAAAGAAAAACACUUCAGUGAUGGUGAAAAGCUGAAAACUAUAAAUGAGGUACAAGUGAGGAAGAUUUCAUCAGCUAUUUGUCUAAAUCAUGUCAUAGCAGUGCGCUACAGACUGAACCUGUCUUUUUAAUCAGUGCGGUUAUUUUCUCAUGCAACAGGGAAGGGAAUAGAAGUAACUAAUUAUCAGCACUACUCACAAUUACAUUCUGAUAGGAACAUAAAGUUCUUUUUGUCUGUGUAAGUCACUGUUGCUUUAAUGAUGCCAUUUGUUUAGGUCAGUCAGCAGAUUUGAUAUUAUUCCUCUCUUGCAUUCUCUUAUACCAGAUAUGUGACAUAAACCUCUUCUCUUCUUGUAAGCAUCUUGUGUGCAUGGUGGUUCUAGUGGGAAUGGGAGGGUUUGCAUGUAGAAGAGGAGGGGAAAAAAAGUUAAUGAGCCAGACUUUCAUGCUUUCCUAGAUCCAAAAAUGUUUCUUAUAUACUCUACAAAGCUACUUGUCCCACAGACUCAGAUAAUAUGUUUUAUAUAUCAAGAUACAACAAAUAUUUAGUUUAAAGAAGUUGAUGAACUAGACCAUUGGCAGAUUUCUUGGCUUGAUGCUUCUUAACGAAGUCUUGCCAGUCAUGCAGUUGCUAUUCUGCAGGAUCAAAUACUCUGUGAAUAUGGUCCAUGAGUGUAGAGGGAAAUCUUAUCAGUAACACAUUUGAUUAUAGGGGAAUUGUGUCUGAGAAAUGAGACAAGACCUGAUUUGUAUCAUAACCUUGUUGCCUCUCUGCAUAUUUUGUGUGAAAAUUGGUAACUGACAUUUAAAUCUUGGCCAGAGAAAUCAAUUGUAAUAUGCUAUGCUAUAGCUGUAAUUCUUUCCCUUUCUAAACACAUCUGUGAAGGACUACUUGACUUAAAUUUUUUCCUGCCUCUAUUUUAAGAUUGCCUUUUAUCAGUUUAAGUUGGAUGGCUGUUAAGAGCUCCUUCAUAGGCUGUCUAACACAGGCUGCCAGAACAAAGUCCAUUUCCAGCCUCUUAGAAGUUUUCCCCUCAAAAUUCUAGGCUCAGUAUUUCACAUCCUUAGGAUCUUCUGUAGACCUUCAUCUGAUGUUAGACAUAUGUGGACCAUCAAGUUUUGUUCCUUAUCCUUGAUCGUGUCCUCUUCUCCUCCAUCUCUGUUAAUUUAACUGUGCCUCUCCACUGAUAAUUUGUCACUGGUGCUCUUGUCCUGAUAAAUCUUAAAUGUCACAUGGGUGGUGGAGUACCAGCAAAAACUGAUGGGUGGAUUGCAGCUGGGCAAGACUGAGAGUGGCAGUGCAACAGUCCGAGCUCCAGCUCUCCCUGUUUCUUCAUUCUCUUCCGAACCUCAUUGCAACUGUAAAGGGCUGGGAGCUGGGGCAGGGGCUGGAAGCUGAAGAGUGUUAGAAACAAAUCUACUGGCCUUGUUCUGCCUGUUGCAGCCAACUUGGCAAGUGGUAUUUUCCCUGACAGACUGCUCAGGGGUUUGCAAGGUAAAAUGUGGUCAGCCAGCAGGGAAUGGUCAAGAAUGGUGAGGAGAGGGGUGAGUCCGGCCUCAGUUGCAGGUUUGUUCUUGAGGACCACUUGAAGAAUGUUCUGUGCAAUCAGCUGGCUGCAGGCAUGCUUCAAGAUGGCAGCUUUGUGGUCUUCGUGAUGGUGCUUGUUUUUGUGCCUCCUUUGCUGUUUACAUUAAGUGCUACUGUAGUAACUUGCUAACUGUUGCCACCCAGAUUGGUGCUUGAAACCUGUGCAGAGGGCAGCAGGCUGCCAGUGUCAGUGAACAUUGGGACCUUGUAGCUGGUUCUCAGAAGACAGAGGCUGACGUGACCUGAUACGGUGCUUUGAGGAGGAUGCUGGAAUGCGGAGGGAUUGGUCACAGCCUUGUGCUUGUAAACAUUGGAGAAAAGAAAAGUGGGCUAAAGGACUUGAUCAAGAACUGGGGAAAGCCUUUUCUGUGAUUAUACAGUGCUAAGGAAGUGGAAGCAAACCUUCUUUCUGUACUUGUAUUUAUUUUUAUUUUUUAGUUUACUUGGAUUUAUUUUCUAGUUUAAUGGUCUUUGUAAGUCUCAUUAUGGUUAGCAGCAAACAUGUAUCUUUGGGAUCUUUAGAGUCAGCAGUAUAGAACAGCCAGCUAGAAGGGGACCUACAGAAACCAUCUGGUCCAUCUGCCUGACCACUUCAGGGCUAGCCAAAAUUUCGGGUGUGUUUUGAGGUCUCUUGAAAGGAGAAAGAGAAAUAGAGAACUGUUUCAAGGAAAACAAAAUGUAAUUUCACCUAAAAAAAAAAAAAAUCUUGGAAGCUACUUAAGUAUGCUUAGGGGAAGAAAAACAAAAGAGAGAGAAGGGGAGAAGGCAAAUCAAGCUCCUAAGAACAAACAAAAAUUAAAUGCAUUUAGAACUGAAAGUUAUCAUUGUUUAGGACCUGAAGAGCACAGUUUUGGGUAGAGAGAACUAAUAAGCCAAAUGUGUUGAAUCAUUUAGUUUUGAAAUCUUAAAUUUCUCAUUCUUAAGAGGGUAGUCGUAUACAGUUUCAGAUUUUGAUAGAGAAGAUUUUGAUAGAGAUAUCAUCAUAGAAGAUGAUAUGAAAUUAGAGACAAACGAAAGCUCUUCAGACAAUUAAGGCUACUUUACAACUUGGUUUUGAUAGUUGAAGGAGAGCUUCAGAGCAACUUCAGUUUGGCUCAAUAUCAGGAUUUGAACUUUACACAAAUCAUUUUAAUGCUGACUUGGGAUUGCACCAUUAGGAAGAAAGCAGACAUGAUUUAUCUCCUGAAUCUGGAAACUAGAUCAAAAUAAAGGGCUUCAGUGCCUAGAGCAGAACUUUGGGAGCAUUCAGAGUGGCUUAGUUUAAACCUGCGAUCCAGUUCUCUCAGCUGCUGCGUCAUCUCUUCUCUGACUUCCAAGUUUGCCAAGGCAAACGAAUCCUUCUUUCAGCAAGCCCUGAGCACCUGUCUGUGCUGCAUCUCAUCUGCUUUCUAGAUUGCACUCAACAGAGCCCGUCUCCUUUAGCAGAUGGAUUUCACUCUAGAUCUAUACUUGGGACUCUUAAUAUAUUGCACUUUGCUCUGUACGGUGUAAUAAUGGGACAGCCUAAGGAUCUUGGUUUCAAAUACAAUUCUUACGCGGGCCAGAUGAUGUAUUUCCCUAUUUCAUUAUCAGCGUCACAGAUGGGACAAGCCUUAAUCUUUAAAGAUUCUUUUUAUUCUGUUAACAUAAACAAAUGUUAGCGUAGACAAAUGUUGUUUUGUCAGUAUUUUGGACAGAGUGAAUCAUCCCAUUAGACUCUACAGAACGGGAAGUCAGAAUGAAUUGUCACAUCUGUGAUUUUAGCAUCACUCACUGCAUUGCAUUUGCAUACCCUUGUUCUGACAGUUCUCUUAUGCUUCCUUGCAGUCUGCUCUGUUUUCCUAAAGUUUAUGGCACCAUUCAUUCUUUGCUCAUGUAUAUAGAUAAGUGAGCUUGCCAAAGCCUACUAUGCAUUCUUUAUACCGAUCACUGUGGCAUGGUCAGACCAAAACCAUUUCUUUGGUUCUCUCUGGCUUCUGAUCUUCAGCUAACUUUGGCUUCAGGCUUAAAUUCUGCAGAUCUCGUUUCAGGAGAGAAAAAAAAAAAAGUUUUAGGUGCAUAAUAUGCAUAAGAGCCACAAUAGAUUACCUUGCCAAAAUCAUUUGUUAGUAAGUAAUAAUUAGUGGGUGGGUUUGUUUUUUCCCAGUCUAUUUGAUACUAGAACAGGUUACCACCCCGUUCUCAGUUUACUUGCAGCAUAACAGUCGUAACUCUGAUGUGUUUUUUGUUAACUCAAUUUAGCCACUAAUCCAACUAAAUCACUUUAAGAAAAAGGAGGGGGGAAAAAAGAAAAGGCACAGAAGGUGUUCUUUUUCCCUCACAGUGUGGAGAAAAACAAAUAAAAUAAUCAAGGUCUCUCUGAGCAUGGUGACAACAGGCAAUUGUCAUAAUUUUGUAUUCUUUUUAAACUAUGGAAAAUGGAGGAAACAGCAAUUGAAAGCCAGUAAUAUAAACCCAGAGAAAAGGAGAAAGUGGGAAGCAAAGGAAACAUGGGGAAACAAAAGAAAUAGGCAAAGGCAAGGCCAAAGGACUGGCAGUAGAGGUGGAGGGGGAGCAGCUCUAAGAAAAGAACAGAUAUCUUAUUUCAGGUUGCAGGUCUUCAGGGGUGGCUCAUGGGGUUGUGGAGGACUGGAGAACAGUAGUGUUAAGUAAAUAGUGCUCAGGGAAAGGCUGCUGGCAACUUUGUUUGCUGGUUUUGGGGGAGAUGCAGAUGCUUAUUUCUUGCUCUUUCCACUCCUGUAUCUAUGGGACAGCCAUUUAGCACAGGGGCGCUGCAGCUGACGCCAGUUACCACUGGAUAUGGUAUAUAUCCAAUGGGCAUAGCAUAUGCGUGUUGGUAGCAAAACAGUGUUGAUGGAAAAAUGCUUUGUGAUUUUGAGAGCUCAGGUAAAAGAGUUUAAUAUUGUAUUUUAAAAUGCUACUUAUCUUUCCCACGUAAACCAAGAAUGGAUUUGUCUUAAUAGGCCUCUUCUGCUUUUUAUCCCUAUUUUAGUUUCCUGUGCAAAUGGGCUUAAAUGCUUUCUUUAAGCAAAAAUGUUUAAACCAAAGAAACAUUAUACUUUGGAAAACUUCACAGCCAGCCUCCAUCAAAGGCCAUGGAUGGUUCUGUCCUGCAGUGGUUCUGUCUUAGGCCUCCAAAUGUAGGUACAAUAAAUCAGAGGAGAGGAAUGUAAUGUAGGCCUGUAAACACGUAUCAGUAGGAACAAAUUGGUGAUGACAAAAUAAGGAAAUACAAUCUUAAGGUAAGCUUUACCUUGAAAAUCCAAACUCAGUACAGGUGCUACUGAGGUGACAAAGCUUGACUUUUAUCUGUAGCAACUCUUGGUAAGAAACAUCAAAUCUCUGCGUAAAUGUCUGAACUAUUCUGAACCUGCUAGAGGACAGCUGAGUUUGGCAUGAGAGGCAGUGUGUGUCUGGAUUUCUCUUUCAAAAGCCAAAACCCAGAAUUUUUUGUUUCGAUUGCUUGCUGUGGAAUAACCCAAAGUCCUUGCAAAGCAAUUUUGUCUUUUACUUACUUGCACUUCUCCUUUGGUUUGGGCACAGCUGUCAUGUAGGAGCUUAUUUGAAAAGAAAGCAAAUAUAUAUAUAUAUAUAUUUUUUGGCUGUUUUUGAUCCCAUGUUGCAAAGAUGUGUUUGACUCCUACCAUAGCUUGCUACCCUUUCUGUUCAAGUAUUGCUGGGAGCUGAAUGGCACUGACUGCAGCCCCCACAAUUUGCCUAGGACUCAAGGUCUUCUCUGACUUCUCUACAUUCUUAGGAUUGUGUUGCACCAUUUCAACUUUGAAGUAGGCCCAGCUGACAAGAACUGACAAGUUGAACUAUGGGAGUAGCACUGUUCAUGCUUUACCAGUCUUUCAUAACAUGAGUUCUUUUUCCCCAGGGGACAGAUGUUGUUAUCCCGGGUGUUUCUUGUAACUGCAGCUUUCAUAGAGCUUUCACACAGUGCCAUCGUCAGCUGUUCUCAGUUGGUCUGAGCAGGAGAUGAAUGAUUAAGGAUAAAGAUGUAGAUUAUUGAAGUGAGUAUUGCACUGGUUGGUUCUGAAAAGGAGAUUUAGUAGGGCUACAGUUAUUUUCAGUCCUCUGUAGGAUUAUAAGCCAGUUGUGAGGAAAUGAAAGUUCUUCGCAUAAUAUCCAAAAAUUCAUUUGUUAUCUUUCGCCAUUACUCUCCCAUAGGCACUAUUGAUCUAACUUCCACCAAGCAUGAAUGCUGGCACAAAUUGCAUGGAAAAAAAAUGGUUUUCUGUACUUUUGUGAAAUGUUGGUGCUGUUGGGUAGUAGGGGUAGUACCUUCCAUAGCUCUGCUCUGUUUUUCCUUUACUUGCUGCUGCUUAGCUUUGUGUUGUGCUUUCAGAAUCCAAGUAGCUAUUCUCUCCUUAAAAAACAAAAACCAGAAACAAACAAACAAAAAAAGAGAACAGAACAGUAUUUGGUAAUUAUGAGCUUAGUUUGUGCUUUUUAGUUCAGUUGUGAGUAGACGGCAUAAUAUACAAAAUAAUGGAAAAGCUGCAUUGCUAAUUUGUGAAGAAAGUUGAUGCAUUUUUAAUGUAAAAUGUAACAUAAGCAUACACUCAAGACCACAGCAAUCAUUUAAAAUAAUGUAACAAUCCAAGUAACUGCGUUAGACUCAUCCCCUUUAAAAAUAUAUACCCUUUUAGCGUUACAGCUGGGUUUAGUCACUUUUUUUUUAUUAAAGCAAGCAGAAAAGAGUCUGCAGCUUGCCUUACACUGCACCUUCUACAGUAGGCACUAAGACAUCUGAGCUGUUGAAAUUCAGCAACGAAGGGAGCGAUAGUUUGCUCCUGCCCUUACAAAUUGUCAUCUCACUAUGAAAAGGAAAAAGAACUUCACGGUGGCAGCUUGUUCUGAAAGGGGCAGCUAAUGAAGGCGUUGGAAAAACAAAUAAACAAACCCCAUAAUUUGAGGUCUUUUACUUGGGAAAAAAAACCCCAACAUUGCAGCGUUGUUCCUUACAAAGCCACGAUCCCAUCCUCUGCUAUUCUCCUCCCAUCAGGUCACUUUAGGAGAAUAUUUUACUGUAGUUCUUUAAGCUUAAAAUCCAGUUGUCUGUUUAGAUUUGUUGUGUUUCAUUAUGGGGUGUGUCCGAUAAUCCCUUUUGCUUUAACCAAAAAAAAAAAAAGUAUUUUGAUCUAGUCCAAAGGUAUGGUCAUGUAUUACUGUCAUCAGGACCAUGGGUUUAAGUGUGCUCCACGUUGGUUUCCACCAUGAACAUCUAUCUCCUGUAACAAUGUUGUAUGUUUAUUUAAAGGAAAGCAUAUAUAUAUAUAUAAAAUAUAUAUAUAUAAAAUAUAUAUAAAUUAAAACAUCAGAUUUUUGCAUUAAGAUUUUUUUAAAUUUGAUUAUGAACCUCGAGUACUUUAAUUCACAUUUAAAAAACUUAAAAAUAAUUUCCUGGAGCAUUACGUUUCAGAAUUCAAGACUGUAUUUGUCAAAUUUAAUUUUAAAAUAUGUAGCUAAUGUUGUUUUCUGAUAUCAAAUGUAAAUAUUUGUAAAAAGAAAUUCUUUUGUAUAUUUUUGUGAAAAUGUAGUUCCCCAACAGAUACGAAACAUUUAAUAAAAAAGUGCAUUCAUGUUA